AUGAGCAGCUUCGGUGCAAUUAAUUCAUUCCAUGAAUUAAAUUUGAAUGGAUCAUUUAAAAAAGAACUGCCGUCUCUGAUAGUUUACAUUUACUUUUUUCAGUCACUUUUUCUGUGCUUUAAAACUGUAAGUAGGGGAUUUAAAUCUUUCGACAAUCACUCUAAUUUCUCUUCUAGUUAUCUCCAGAUCGAAGAAAUCGGAUUAAAAUUAGAAGCCUAUGAGAAAACCUUUAAAAGAAUUUUGCCCAAGUUUUCAAUCCGACUCUUAAAAUGGUUUAAUCAACAACCAAAUACUUUAUCAUCCCAUCACUGGCUAGUCGAGGUUUCAGACUUUUUAAAUCCAAAUAAAUAUUGUUUUGAGGCAAUUCAUCCCAUUCUAUUAUUGUGGGCAAAUUUGAGGCUUUUUUGUCUCCUCAACAAAGAACAGAGUACAAAUUUAGAAAUGUUUUAUGCACAAAAUGAAUAUGGAGAGGUUUUUGUUGCAAUUUCAAAGUUUUCUUUUCAUAUUACAUGUUACAUGACUUGUUUCAAAAAAUGGUCUUAUUUUGCUGGUCAAAUCGACAAGCUGUGA